AUGCGUCAUCAUCUUGCGCCUCGGGCCUCAGUCUCCACGUGGAUUCCGUCGAACCCCGGGUCGCGCAUCAUGGCGGGAACUGAGACUAGGACUACAGUGGGAACCGAGGCUCCGCAGCCCCAGAAGCGUUAUUACCGGCAACGCGCUCACUCCAACCCCAUGGCGGACCACACGCUGCGCUACCCUGUGAAGCCAGAAGAGAUGGAUUGGUCUGAGCUAUACCCAGAGUUCUUCGCUCCACUCAAUCAAAAUCAAAGCCACGAUGACCCAAAGGAUUCAGAGGAAAAACGAGUUCAGGCCCAAGUGGAGUUUGCAGACAUAGGCUGUGGCUAUGGUGGCCUGUUAGUGGAACUGUCACCACUGUUCCCAGACACACUGAUUCUGGGCCUGGAGAUCCGGGUGAAGGUCUCAGACUAUGUACAAGACAGGAUUCGGGCCCUACGUGCAGCUCCUGGAGGCGGCUUCCAGAACAUCGCCUGUCUCCGUAGUAAUGCCAUGAAGCACCUUCCUAACUUCUUCCGCAAGGGCCAGCUGACAAAGAUGUUCUUCCUCUUUCCUGACCCCCAUUUCAAACGGACAAAGCACAAAUGGCGAAUCAUCAGUCCUACACUGCUAGCGGAAUAUGCCUACGUGCUGAGAGUUGGGGGGCUGGUAUACACCAUAACUGAUGUGCUGGAACUACACCACUGGAUGUGCACCCAUUUUGAAGGUCACCCUCUAUUUGAGCGUGUUCCUUUGGAAGAGCUGAGUGAAGACCCCAUUGUGGGACAUCUAGGUACUUCAACUGAAGAGGGGAAGAAAGUUCGACGAAAUGGAGGAAAGAAUUUCCCAGCCAUCUUCCGAAGAAUACAGGAUCCCACUCUCCAGGCAUUGACCCCAAAUCCUACCCUGCCUGGUCACUGAUUACCCUCUCUUAGUUGUAUCCCAUCUUAAAGAACUGCAAAGAAAAUCAGAACCUCUUGACCCUCCCAACAGAGAUUUGUGGAGUUGGAAGGCCUUAGUCUCUCGAAGAAGUUAGGAGUAUCUAUAUCCACACUUACUCUCAGCUCCUCACAGCUUCUUGUCCCUCCACUACCAGUAGAAAGAAAAGAAGCUGACUCUGAAGGACCUUGGACCUGAGGGGAUUUUUAGAAGGGUGUGGGGUCUUGUUGUCCCUUAGCACUCCCUUCUCAGCUGGAGUAAGGAAUGCAGUGCUCCACUGUCUAAACUGCUUGGCUCAAA